AUGGCCACGCCAUCGCUACCCUGCGCGAACUGCCCUCCGGAUGGUAACGGUUGUCAGGAAGUAGGAAAGUCUAGCUGCAGCAAUUGCCGUCUCGUUGUAUACUGUGGUUCCGAGUGUCAGAAAGUCCACUGGCCUCUCCACAAAGUGGUUUGCAAGUCAUUCCUUGCCAAGGAAUACUGGAUUCCAGACUGGGCUCUUACGAACAGGACACCAGCUUUCGUUGGAGAAGGAAUAGGUGCCGACUUUAGAGGUAAAAAGUAUUUAUGGGGGAAUGUCCCGGCCCUUGAUGUUCUUCAACUUGGCUCGAACGAAGGAGACAAGUAUCAAGGCCAUCUGAGCCUAUUGUUUGCAGCUUCCGGUGACAUGCGAAAUGUUGUCAAGACUAUCGCUGAACUUCCUUCGACCUAUGAUCGGGACCUCGACAUUGUCAUGAAUGACCGCGAUCUCGAUGUAGUGGCACGUAAUGCUAUUCUGCUCCUUUUGGCGCUCACAGCCGAAGGAAAAGAUGAAACCAUCGAUUGCAUGAUCCACGUUUGGUACUCAGCCUUUAUCUGCAAGUCUGAUCUUGACAUUCUCCAUCACAGAGUACGCCCUCUCGUUGAGGUUGUUUGUGACAACAUCAAAGGUAAACCAGCCAAAACUAUUCUGGGAAAGACUUGGGCAUUUGGUCAACGGUCUUUGAGACUUGUCCUUGCGAAGUCGUCAUGGGAAGACAUCUUGAGCUUCAUGAAAGUUCCUGAUGGAUUGACGACUGAAAAGGCAAACACAAUACGUACUGAUGUCAUACUCGCCGAGUCGCGAGUCGAUUACCGGGACUGA